AUAAAGAGCAAGAAUACGGCAACGGCUGCAGUGGUUUGGCCGUAAUGGGUGGUGGCUUUGCGGCGCCACCAAUCAUAUUAGCCAGCAAGCAACAGGCAUUAAGAAUGCACGAGAAACUCCUCGAGAAAGAGGAGAAGACAGCUACCGUAGGAACCGGAGACACAUCAGACGCCGCACCAAAGUCGCGCAAAGAAAAGACUGAGAAGGUCAAAUUGGCAAAGCCAUCGAAAUUUGCCGAACGCCUGCGACGUUCAUUUCGCCGCGGUGAGCAUCGAUCGUUGGAGAUUAAACGGCACGAGCCAACUGCAGAGGAGCUCAAGGCGAAAAGUCGUCGAACCCCGCCACCGCCAUCAGUGACAGGGACAGCGGUGGGAAUAGCAACAGCAACCGGAUCCGCAUCCGCAUCCGCAUCGUCCUCUUGCUCCUUGUGGCCGAAUAAUAAUUUGGUGCAAUUGCAUUUGCCUGGCCUUGCAUUAGGCGGGCAUAUUAAUCCCGCCCUGCUCCUGGAUAGCCCGGACGAGUGUACACCACCGGAGUACGCCUAUCAGCACUUGAGUAGUGUGGCCACUACCAACUCGAGUACAUCGCUGGAGAGCAAUUGCGAACAAUUGAGUGAGCUGAGCAGCUCCCAGACGAGUGUGUACUAUUGGACGGCAGCCGUUGUCACCACCAGCACCAACGCUUGCUCUAUGGGUGGAGAGGUGAGCACAGCUGCUCAGAGCAGCAAUCCAGUGACUGGCCCAAAUGGAGCCACAGCAGCUUCAACAACAACAACAACUGGUUUGACAGCAACGGCAGCAGCUCCACCACCAACAUCGACAACAACGAAUACGACCAGCAGAAGCUGUAGCCUGACCAGUGAAAGUAGCUCCGUUCGUUUGACCCGCCUGCAGAAUUUCCUCUUCAAGAGCAGCAAUGAAAGUUCACGCAGCUAUUUGGGGCAUUCGAAUGAGGGUUUUACGGCAUCCUCACACAACUCCUCAUCCGGUGAAUGGGAGCAAUUGGGUGGCGGUGUCGGGGGCGGGGGCGGCAGCAGCAUUGGAGCCUAUGGCCAUGAUUUUCAUGGCAGCUCGUUCCCAGAGGAAACAACACCCGAUGAGACAGACACUCUGCCUGUGGAGAGUAGUGUUGGCACCAGCGAUUCGGCAGCUGGACAAUACUAUCAAUACACGCUGACCUCACCGAAUAACCCCUUCUUGCCGGAGAUUACAGCUCGCACAUAUCACAGCACGUAUUCCGAAGAGCAGGAACAAGGAGGUGGAGGCCAUUGUGAACAACUUGAAGAGGAUUCGCGUUCAGCGCAAUUGCCAACGCCGGCCUAUAGUCGCGCCGGUUCGCAAGAGUCAUCCACUCAUAGUGAGAGCGGCAUUAGUUGUCCGCCUGGACCGACACCAAGUCCGGCGUCAAGUUCGUCAUCCACUCCAGGUCGCCAUAGACGCAAACUCUUUAGCCUGAACUCGCCCACACGUUUGCUCCAUCAUCAGAGUCCCACCAAUACAAAUGCCCCAGCCGUCUCCUCAUCGGCCCCCACUCCAGUCACCAUGGGUGGCGGCGAGAGCAGCAGUAAAUUCAACUCGGCCACUCUGGUGCGCAGUUUGAAUCCAUUUCUACCGGCCAGCAGUUCCAGUGCCAGCAACAUGACGUCCCCCAAACGUGCUCCCCUCAAACAGACAGCGGCAAUUGUCACAUCGCCGGGCUCUGUUACACCGGAUCUGAGCACGAAACGCGAAGAAUUUUUACGGGCCACCAUGAAGAUUUGCCUUGUGGUCUCUCCGCCUACCAGCAAGCUGCAGUUGAAAUCGAAAAGCCUUACGCAUUUGGAUGGCCUCGAUACGGUGGUGGCAUGCCAACAUGGAACAGCGACUACCACAGCAGCUGGAACAGCAGGAGCAGGUCCAACGAUGGCUUCCACAACAACGACGACUGCAAUAAUGGGUACGGGAGCAGCCUCACUGGGCAGGCAGUCUAUUGUGGUAUCGAGCUCCGAAUUCUUUUCGGUAUUAUUUUGCCUAGAAUCAUCGCAGCAGCCAGAUGAAGAAUUUAUACCGGCGACCAAAGGUGUCACCCUAUUAAAUGCCCUGAGUCAUGCAUUGCGUGUGCGAAAUCUUAGCUUUAAUCAGAUCACAAUAACGGACAAUUAUCCCACGCCAAGUUUUUUAGAUGCAGGUCCUUCACCCUUGACAAGCUCAUUGGAUGAGCAAACGGAUGUGGAGAAUCUGGCUGGACAUCAUUUAAUCAUUACCGAGCGUGAAAGCAGUCGCAAGACCUUACAGAAGGCAGCCUCAUUUGGUUCACGUCAACGUCCACCCCGCCUGUUGUCAUCCGCUUCCACCGAAGAGACUAGUGAAUCGGCUGGGGCAGCGGGCAAACAAAUUAAACAACGCUGGACUUCCAUAUUCGGCAUUAAGAAUCCACAACAGAGUCAACUCUGUGAAUUACUUAAUAGUUAUGCCAAAAAUGGUGUUCCCCAGCGGCCAGACGCUUUAAAUUUUGAUCACCCCGAUUUGGUUAACUCGUUGGCCUAUCUACAGAAUAUGGACAAAUCAUGGUUGGAUUUUGUCCAUCAUGAUGCUAUGAGUGAGAGUGAGAUUAAGAUACAAACGGCCAUAUGGGAGCUGGUCACCACCGAAGUAUACUAUAUACAUGCCCUGCAAACUGUCACAGAUCUCUUUUUGGCCUGUUUGGAAGCCGUACAAGAGGAACGCCUGCUAAUUGAUGUCGAUCAGCAUCGUUUGUUCUCCAAUAUUAGAUCCGUUUGCGAGGCAAACAUAAAAUUUUGGACUCUUUGGCUUUAUCCAAUGGUCGCUCACAGUGUUGUGACCCACGAACCGAUGAGAUGCGCCUUCUUUCAAGAGGGUUUCAUUGCCUUUGCCUCGAUCUUUGCACCAUAUAAGAUCUACUGCGCAGAGCAGAGCACAUGUCAGUUCUAUUGCAAGGAGCUCAAUCAGAACAAUGCUCUAUUCACAUCCUAUUUGGCCUGGUGCGAGUCCCAGAAAAUGUGCAAUCGCCUCCGGCUGGCCGACAUUGUUGUACGCCCCAUGCAGCGAUUGACCAAAUAUAGCCUCCUGCUGGCGGCUAUUAAGAAGCACAUGAGCGAUGUGGAGGAGAUUGAGGCCAUGGAUGUGAUGAUACACAGUGUUGAGAAUUUUGUUGGCAGUGUCAACAAUCAUCUGACCAUGCGACAGGAGAAUGAACGCCUUAAGGGUGUAAUGGCAAGGAUUGAGUCCUAUGAUGUCGUGGAUACCAACAACGAAGUACUCGACAAGCUUAUCAAACACCACAGCCAGAUGUUCGACCUUUGUGCCCCCAUGCGUGGCUGUCCGGCGUAUCCGGUGCGUCAUCUUUUCAUGGAGGGUGACCACAAGUUCAAGGACAAUCUGGGCAAAUCGGAUGUACAUUGCUUUCUGCUAACGGAUUUGCUGCUGGUGUGCAAGACCAUUGCCAAAAAGGGACUGGGUGCUCUCAAGGUCAUUCGUCAGCCAUACCUAACCGACCAGCUGAUGGUUCAUCUGGCUCCCAACAACACAUUGAACUGCGUCUACCUGAACGAGUUCCAGGUGGCAACGACAGCGUUUACGCUACAAUGCACCGAGGCGAAGAACUGGUGUGAUGCCUUAUGGCGGGCCAAAACCAUCUACCAAAGACUGAAGCGCGGAUCGGGAGGCGGCAGCGGCGGCGUUGGCGGCAAUGUGGGUGAUAGCUUCCGUUUCGGUGGCAGCGCUACCAGUGGCGGCACCGCCGACUCGCUCGGUGUGCGCAAAUCGCCAAUGAACUCCUCCAUCUGCAGCCAUGUGUCCAGUGCCAAUAAUAGCCAUAGCGGAAGUGUCGAAUGGAAUGAUUCGCGGAACAUAUCGGUGGACUUUGAGAAGACCAAUUCGGUGUCCAGUGAUGAAGGAUCAAGCAUUAUGACGGGCAACCAUGGACUAGUCCUGAAGGGGAAGCAACAGCUAAUUGGUGGCCUACACAAGGCAAAGGUCGGAACUAUUGCCUCAACUUCGGCCAAUACGCUUUCUGUUCAGCCUCUGAACCAUUUGGGCCAGAGCUUACCCAAUCUGAAUAUGCAUCACAGUCACACUAACAAUACAUUGCUCGUGCCUGGUACGACAACUAGUCACUCGGGUAACCUCUUAUUAUCGCCCAGUCAUCGUGGCAUUUCAUAUCCACCGCCGAGUCCAACAAGAGUACCGUUGCGUCGUGGCAUGGCCUUUUCCACAUCGACCAAGAAUCCACCUUUGCGUAAGACACGCAAUGUUACCUCCCAGAACAGUAUUAACUGGCAUCAGAUACCGGCCACACCCACACCGCCCAGUCCGCGAUCACAGCACCAAUCCCCCUCAUCGUCCACUGGCACAGGCACCAACACGGUAACUAGCACUGGCAUUAUACCUCUCCAGAAAUCGAUGCCAAUGCUGGAUAAUGCCAAUGGCGGACCGCCGCCCAUCUUGCAGAAGCAAUUGUCCCACCAGGCUCCCUUACCCACUUCCAAUCACAAUUUAAUGGAACUUCAGCGACCCUUAAGCAAUGAGACAGAUGUCUGAUGUCCCAUUAACAAUAGCAGCAGCAGCAGCAGCAGCAACAACAACAACACCAACAAUUAUAAACAAUAUUCAAACAUAUAGCAAACGAUCUAUUUACCUGAUGGAUCAAAACUGAUGAUAGUCAUCGACAAAAGCGUCACAAAACUGUAAGAUACAAAAAUGAAAAAAGAAAAUCAAAUCCAAUAUAAUAAUUGCACUUUUUGGGUCCAAGAACAGACAAAACUGAUAUUGAAAAUACGAAAAUCGUAAAGAAAUUGCAUUCCAAAAAUCCCUCCUGUACUUAGACACAGCCCCACAGCUACCCCAACACCCAAACCACCCACUCACUAACAACCUAAACGUUUCCAGUUCCACUUAAUUAAUUAACCGUAACAUAUAAAAUAUGCAACAUAAAAUAAAAAUUGAUAAUAUUCUUCCCAUAGACGAUAUAAAGACAAAUAAUGUGUAAUCCAAUUGAAAACAUUUAAGAUAUAGUACACCUAUAUAUAGACCUACAUAUAUAAACUAUAAAGACAUAUGCCAUAUGUAUGGGAAAUAAAACAUAUUUAGAUUGAAA